GCGAGAGGGGCUCCUGAGGCUCCGGGAAUCUGCAUCCCCUGGGAACAGCCGGGGCCCCGGGGGCGCGGGGGGCAGGGUCCCCCCGUCCCGUGCGGGAGGGGAGCGGCGGGUCAGGGACUGGAACACGCCCAGGUAAAUCCUCUCCCACCUGGGCAGGGUAAAUAAAUCGAGGCUCGGAUUACCCGGCACCGGCGGCACGUCCGAGGCGCUGACAAGUGCGGGCGACUUCGGCGCUCGUCACUGCCCGGGGACUUCGCCUGGCAGUCCCACCGCGGCGGGGCACGGGACCCCCACCCUGACGGGGCCCUGCUGGUGGCAUCCAGGUCACCCAGCGGCGGGGACACCCUGGCCACCCUGCCCGAGGUCGCCCAGCGCAGUGGCGGGCUCCAGAGGCGGUUUGGCCUCUCCGAGCACGGGUGGAUCCCGGUUUGGGGGGUCCCAGCGGACUGAGGCUUGCAGCGCCCCGCUCUCAGCACGGAACGCCGGGGCGACCCAGCUGCCGGCGGCUCAAGGGUCCCCUUGUUCCGCGUCCAGGGACUUCCUGGCUGGAGUCUCCGGCAGCUGCGUCGUCUCUCCCCAGGGCUCCUCGGCGCUGCGCCCACUUCUCAGGCGGGGAAACUGAGGCAGGCCGUGGGGCCGGGAGCGGGAGGAAGGAGGGAGGGCACGCCGAGAGCAGGUUUCCUUGCGGGAGCCCCGCUGAGUCAGCCGGGCCGGGGUGGGGCCUUGCUCCCGUAGCGCCCGGACCAGGAUAACGGAGGAAAAAGCGUCUUGCACGUUUGAUUAAACACGACAGGUCGCCACCGGGCCGGUUGCGAAAUGUGGGAAUGCUGCGGGGCCCCUCGCCGGGAAGGGAGGCGGGGGAGCGCCUGCCGGGGGGCAGGUGAGGGGGACGGCAGCGGGAUGGGAGCUGCGGCACUGCCGGGACGGCAGAGCGGGGGGUCUGGGGAUUCCAGCCGAUCUGGGUGCACACCCCGGCGGGUGAGUCCCUGCUCCUGCUGGACACCCUCCUUCUGGGUGCCUGGAACUGGGAUCAUCCUGGGUGGAUGCAUCAGCGACAACGUGAUGGGCCAGCAUCGCCUCGUCCCGGUCCCCACCGUGACAGCGGCCUCUCUCCCCACACAGGCGUCGUGCCCUUCGUGGCCCUGCUCCUGCUGCAGCGGCGGCCCGUGGCCGGCCGGGCGCUGCUGGUCACCGGCUCCGGCUGCCCCAGCCACGGCUUGUGCCGCUCCAACGUGCAGGAGCAGACGCGCAGGCAGGUGGCCGUGCUCAACGCCACCGCCCAGGAACUCUUCAGCCUCUACCUGAAGUGCCAGGGAGAGCCGUUCAGCAGCGAGAGCGACAAGCUCUGCAACCCCGCCGGAAUCUUCUUCCCCGCUUUCCGCGUGAACCGGACGAGCGAGAGGAAGGAGGUGAUGGUGGCCAUGUACAAGCUCUUUGCCUUCCUCAACGCCUCGCUGGGCAACAUCACGCGCGACCAGGAGGAGCUGAACCCCAUGGCCAAAGAGCUCCUCGAGCGGCUCCACAACACCACCAAGACCACCCGAGGCCUCAUCUCCAACCUCACCUGCCUCCUCUGCAAGAACUACAACAUCUUCCAGGUGGACGUCAGGUACGGGGACAGCUCCAAGGGCAAGAGCGCCUUCAAGAAGAAGCAGCAGGGCUGCCAGGUGCUCAGGAAGUACGUGCAGGUCAUCGGCCAGGCAGCACGUGUCCUCCUACCUCAUCUCAGCCCCUCAUGAGCGCCCGCCCCGGCUACGCUGCCUCUCUGCUGCUGGGCGGCCCCCGCCGCUGCCUCCCGCAUUCCCGCCUUCCUAUUUAUUACCCGGACCCUG